UAAUGUGGAAAUAUGUUUAGUAAUUGAACCUCGAGUUUGAUUUAGUUUGCCUCUCAAACUGUUGGUGCUCAUUCCUGUGUAUAUAUACGUGUAAAGAAUUCCUGUGGAACAAAACUUUUGAAAUGUUCCAUGUGCGUGAAAGCGAAACUCCUGAAGAUAAGGUGGUCGAAAUCCUGUCAAGGUUGCCAUCCAAAUCUCUGAUGCGAUUCAAAUGCACACGCAAGUCUUGGUGCACUCUUAUAAUUAGUUCAAGCUUUGUUGCCAAACACCUCAGCAAUUCCGUAGACAACAAACUCUCAUCCUCCACUUGUAUCCUUCUCAACCGUUCUCAGAUGCCGGUUUUCCCAGACAAAAGUUGGAAAUAUGAAAUUUUAUGGUCCAUGAUUUAUCUUUCCAUUUAUAGUGAUGAGCACAACCAUCACUAUGAUGUUGAGGACCUAAACAUACCGUUUCCAUUAGAAGAUCAUCAUCCUGUACAGAUUCACGGUUAUUGCAAUGGGAUUGUCUGUGUAAUAGCAGGGAAAACUGUUAUUAUUUUAUGCAAUCCUGGAACCGGGGAAUUCAGGCAACUUCCCGAUUCAUGCCUUCUUGUACCCCUUCCCAAGGAAAAAUUCCAAUUGGAGACGAUUUUUGGAGGAUUGGGAUUUGGUUAUGAUUGCAAAGCUAAAGAAUACAAGGUUGUGCAAAUUAUAGAAAAUUGUGAGUAUUCAGAUGAUGAGCGAACAUUUAAUCAUAGUAUUCCUCUUCCUCACACGGCUGAGGUAUACACCAUAGCUGCUAACUCUUGGAAGGAGAUUAAGAUUGAUAUAUCAACUAAAACCUAUCCUAGUUCUUGUUCGGUGUACUUGAAGGGAUUUUGUUAUUGGUUUGCAAGCGAUGGCGAGGAAUACAUACUUUCAUUUGAUUUAGGUGAUGAGAUAUUUCAUAGAAUACAAUUGCCUUCUAGGAGAGAAUCCAGUUUUAAGUUUUAUGAUCUUUUUCUGUAUAAUGAAUCCAUCACUUCUUAUUGCUCUCAUUAUGAUCCAACUGAGGAUUCUAAAUUAUUUGAAAUAUGGGUAAUGGACGAUUAUGAUGGAAUUAAGACUUCAUGGACAAAACUCUUAACUGUUGGACCCUUUAAAGGCAUUGAGUAUCCAUUGACACUUUGGAAAUGUGACGAGCUUCUUAUGCUUGCCUCCGAUGGAAGAGCCAUCUCUUAUAAUUCUAGUAUUGGAAAUCUCAAGUAUCUUCAUAUUCCUCCUAUUAUCAAUGAGGUUAUUGAUUUCGAGACUCUUAGUUAUGUGGAAAGUAUUGUUCCGAUCAAGUGAGUUGAGGGCAAAGUUUCAUUUUUCUCCUUUAAAUUUAAUUUUCUUUGUGGUCAUUGUAGUAUGUUUGCUUAUCAAGGGCUACCAUUAGUUUUUAUGAUUUCCACAUUUUGUAAUGUUUUUGAAACCUUUAAUUUUUGUGAUUUCCACA